GUAAAGUUAAAUACAAUUCCCGCCAAUACGUGUGUGUGAAGCACGUAUUCAGUACUAACAUUAGAAAAAGUAGAAAAAUUUCAGAAAGUAUACUCCCGCGCCCCUAGCGGUAAGACCGAGCAUCGCCUACACGGUGAGAUAGAGGAUAGCGGUCUUUACUUCGUAGUCUGUGCCAUUAAGUAGGACUUGACAGGAAUUACAAAUUUACCGGGGACCGAUAUUACCUUUACUUUUUUUGUAAUGGAUACGUUACAUAAUGCUCCAACUCCAAAAUUUUCUGUGGCGAUAAAAGAAAGACAUUCAAGGAUAAAGCGCGUUUUAGCCGAGAUUAGGAGAGAAAAACCCUUAGGAAAGAGCCCCUUAUUUAAAAUGUCACUUACGUUUCCCUCUUUUGUCUGGUCCCCAAUUAUUGAUUCUGUGUAUUCUUUUGGUACUGAACAAAACUUGGAUAACACAAAAGCUACAGUUACUGCAUCUAAAAAGCCGUUGCUUAGAUCUUAUAGUACCAGCUCUUUGAAAUCCACUAAAAGUCCUGAAGUUCCUUUGAUAAAAAAUUGCUCAACUCAGGCAGUGAUACCCUUAAAAACUGGACGAAAAGAUGUAAUUAGGUUAAAUAUGUUGACAAGAGUUGCAAACUCUUCAAUCAAAAUGAAAACUCAAGUUGCAAGUUCUCAACAAAGUGAGUUAGCAACCCAAAGAAGUCAUAAAUUAGGAGCUAUUCCAAAAUACCUUACAAGUCGAAAGGCAGAAUGGGCUCAUCUGGAAGAAGAAAAAUUGAAGAACAUGCCUGAUCCUGAUUGUCCAAUUGGGCAUGUAAUUAUGCCUGAGUCUGAAAGACUUGAAACUUUAAAUAGACUCCUAAAAAGUCAAUUGGAACUAAAUGAAGAGUUUAACUGCCUUCCUUUGAGCAAGGAUAGUUUGAGAAUUCGGCAAAAGAAAGAAGAUCUUGAAAAGCAACUCAUUAAAGUUGAAGAAGGAAUCCGAGUUCUUUCUAAGCCAAAAGUAUUUGUCAGACUUGAUAGCUAAAUAAUGAUGGAGCGUCGCAAACUAGUAAAUAAUGUCGUCGAGUCAAGUGAAGGAUGGGUAAUAAAAUUAUGAGUUAAUGAAUUUUGCAUAGUUGACAGCCACUAAUGUAUUGUUUACCUGCAAAUUCUUACUUACAACCCUAACUUCUAUUUUUUGCUGUGAGUGAAGGUGGAGUACACAAUACUGCAUAUUCAUUUUCUUAAAA